AGUCAAUUCGGGGGAUGACCGACAGACGGAUCCCGUGAUUAUACUGAGGAACAGGAGUUCGAUUUAUAAAUAUGCUACACAGUACAUCGAUCCAAGGGAAGCUUAUCCGGAAGUUGACAGCAAGAAGAGAAGAUGGCUCUUGCUACUGCACUGGCCUGGGGGGAUUCGUUAGGGUCAUCAUCAAAGCUUUGAACGAUUCAUUUCCCAGCCAACAACGAUACACCUUAUGUGUAAGCAAACGGUACUCACGGAAUCAGCAUCCGUUGCAAUCAGGAACAGCCAAAUCCGUGAAACGCACACUUCAUGGGUAUUUUCCGGGAUUGCGGUUCCGUUUUCGAUCACGCCGCAAUUGUAGAAGUUUGGCUAGCAUGCUGUUGGCGGCAAUUACCGUACUGAAACAGUUGCAAUUCAUACUGUCUGCGUCUCUCUUUAACCGGCUGGUGUCACUAGAACCCCUCGGAAUAAACUGGAAAACACCAAAGUGGAACGGCAUAACGAAAACCGGUAAAAGACGUGAUACAAAGGCUUUUUCAAGCAUUUUUUGUGGAACACCAAAAUAUAGCUGCUUCCUUUAAACACUGCCAAGUUAGGACGGCUAGUGUACUCCUCAAAGACCCCAGCAGCAGUGCAGAAUCCACAGCGGAACACAUUUCAUCAGCCCACUGGUUCUCCCACAGCCGCGGUUUUAUCAUCACUCAGUUGUCCGUCAAGGAAUCAAGCACAUAGGAUUUGGAAAUAGGAUUUGCUAUGAGAAACCCUAAACCUGAGGGGAGAAUAGCAGGAAGUAUGUCGAUCACUAAUCCUUCAUAGCAGCUCAACCAGAUGCGGCUCCUGAAGAGACGAUUCCCGGUUUGAAGGUUGCCCCGUCGGCGGCUUCUAAAUAGGUAGACGAUUAAUUUUGUUAAUUACCGACCCAUAUUGGUCGACAAGAAGUAUGCGAUUAGACCUUAAG